GUGCCAAGCCCCACACAGGCCCGUCACCGCCGGGUGGGCACAGCAGCCCUGCCCUGGGGAGGACCUGGCACCACCUCACCACUCCCGGCCCAGCAGCUGGCGUGGCCGAGCCGGCCGCCUUCCCUCCCUGUUUGCUUUCAGGGUGUUCAUCGUGCUGCUCCCACGCUGCUCGGAGCUGCUCCCGCUCCUCUCUCCCUCUACCCCCGUCCUGUUAAGCCUCAGCCCCCCGUGUUUCUCCCUGGUGGGAGCCAUGCCCUACCUACUCCGGGACUCGAAGCCCAGGCCGCCACCGCUGCCGCGGGAAGCGCGUGCCACCCACAGCUCAGGGAAAGCCUACGAGGAGCUAAAGCAGGACUGCCUGCGCAGGGGCAGCCUCUUCGAGGACCCUGACUUCCCUGCCAGCGACGCCUCCCUCUUCUUCAGCGAAAAGCCACCUGUUCCCUUCCUCUGGAAGAGGCCUGGGGACAUUGUCAAGGAUCCCAAGUUUAUCCUUGGAGGAGCUACGAGAACUGACAUUUGCCAAGGGGAUCUUGGUGACUGCUGGCUGUUAGCAGCCAUAGCUUCUCUCACACUGAAUGAAAAAACCCUAGCAAGAGUGGUACCGCUGGAUCAAAAUUUUGGGCCAGAUUAUGCUGGAAUAUUUCACUUCCAGUUUUGGCAGCACAAUGAGUGGCUGGAUGUCGUGAUUGAUGACCGAUUACCCACCUUCAAAGGCCGGUUGGUUUUCCUGCACUCAGCUGAACACAACGAAUUUUGGAGUGCUUUACUAGAGAAAGCCUAUGCCAAGCUGAAUGGCAGCUACGAGGCUCUGAAAGGAGGCAGCACAAUAGAAGCCAUGGAGGAUUUCACUGGGGGAGUAGGAGAAAUGUAUGAGGUUAAAAAGGCUCCUGACAAUUUCUAUGAAAUCCUAGAGAAAGCUCUGAAAAGAUGCUCAAUGGUGGGCUGCUCUAUCGAUACCAGCAGUGCUGCCGAGUCAGAAGCCAAAACCCCCUUUGGCCUUAUAAAGGGCCAUGCUUACUCCAUGACUGGCAUCGAUGAGGUGAGCUGUCGGGGCCAGAAAGUGCAGCUCAUAAGGAUAAGGAACCCCUGGGGACAGGUGGAGUGGAACGGCCCUUGGAGUGACAACUCUCUGGAGUGGCGUUUGGUCAGCCCAUCAGAGCAGAAACGCUUGUCUCAGACAGCACUGGAUGAUGGAGAGUUCUGGAUGAAAUUUGAAGACUUCAAAGUGCAUUUUGAUAAAGUUGAAAUCUGCAACCUGACUCCAGAUGCCCUGGAAGACAGCACUGCCCACAAGUGGGAGGUGACCAUCCAUGAGGGGAGCUGGGUCCGGGGCUCUACUGCAGGAGGAUGCAGAAACUUUCUAGACACUUUCUGGACAAAUCCACAAAUCAAGAUGCAUUUGACAGAGACAGAUGAUGGGCAAGAUGACUGCACAUUCAUUGCAGCGCUGAUGCAAAAGGAUCGCCGCAAACUCAGGAAGUUUGGUGCUGAAAUGCUAAGUAUCGGCUACUCUAUUUACGAGAGCCCUGGCGGAGAUGGACACCUGAACAAAGACUUCUUCAGGUACCACGCCUCCAAGGCCAGGAGCAAAACCUACAUCAAUUUAAGGGAAGUAUCCAACAGAUUCAAGCUGCCACCAGGUGACUACAUCCUUGUUCCAACCACAUUCGAACCACACCAGGAGGCAGACUUCUGCCUGAGGAUCUUCUCGGAGAAGAAGGCCAUCACUGAGGAUCUAGAUGAAAACGUUGCCAUUGAUCUCCCUGAGCCUCCAAACCCAACCCCAAGUCCACAAGCAACUGAAGAAACUGAAGAAGAAAAGCAGUUCCGGGCACUGUUUGCGCAGAUCUCAGGAGAGGACAUGGAGGUAUCCGCAGAAGAACUUGAAUAUGUUCUGAAUGCAGUACUAAAAAACAAAAAGGACAUCAAAUUCAAGAAGUUAAGUCUCAUUUCAUGCCGAAACAUCAUUUCUCUUAUGGAUACCAGUGGCAAUGGGACUCUGGAAUUCACUGAGUUCAAAGUUUUCUGGGAAAAACUGAAGAAAUGGAUAAAUAUCUUUCUUCAGUUUGACUCCGAUAAAUCCGGCUCCAUGUCCUCCUAUGAGCUUCGCAGUGCUCUCAAAGCUGCAGGAUAUCAACUCAACAACUACCUGUUGCAGCUGAUUGUCCUGCGAUACUCUGAUGAACAGUUCCAGAUUGAAUUUGAUGAUUUUCUGAACUGCUUGAUUCGCUUAGAGAAUGCAAGUCGAGUAUUCCAAGCACUGAGUGUGAAAAAUAAGGAGUUCAUUAACCUGAAUAUAGGAGAGUUCAUUAACCUGGCAAUGAACAUUUGAAGAAGUUUGACUUGGAUGUCAGGAGUUUCUUGGGACAUCGUCACCAUGACUGCUACCCUGACAACUGUGGUCCCCUUCUGAUGUAGACUUAACCAGAGCGUUUGUGUGGAGGAAGACAUGUACUGUCCACCCUUUCUGGUCUCCAGCCCUGUUGUGUUCAGGAGCUCCACAGUCAGAUCACAUUUUGUUUUUAAUUUUGAUAAAACCUGCUAAUGGAUUUGUUACUGGAAGAGGUAUUUGGAUGGGGCACACAUGCCUCUCAAGUAGACUGAAAUUAAUGCCCCUAAGUUAACACAGCCUUUUAUAAAAUAAGAUUGCAUUUAGUUUCAGCAUAGCACAGCCUACAAUGAUUACAAAUUUUUAUUGCUGCUUGGUUACAAAUUACUGUAAGGUGCUUUUAAAAAUACAAGGUUGUGUAAAACUGUUCAAUUUGGAAUUUAUUUUGAGGCAUGCUGUGUGGCUACAUAACAAGUCUCUUGUCACAGCCACAUGAAUUUCAGUCUGCUAGACUAUGAACAAAGGAAGACUAGGGAAUGUAUGGAUGAAAAUCCAUCCUUGAAUAUUUGUAACAGAGGUCCCUGGUCCAGGUUUCCUUAGAGGGAUGUUUAAGCUAAGAUCUGAUGUUCAUCACAGAUUUAAUUUAGGGGAAAAUUGUUACAUCUCACCUCCCCUCAGUCCUUCCUCUGCUAUCAACCUGUCCAAAGUGUGCCCCACGAGCCUAAGCCUGCAGAGUUGCACAUAGCUUGCCUGCAUCUUCAGAGAAACACGUGGCUCUGGAGACAGUGAGCUCUUGCAUGGGACUACCUUUCCCUCACAGAGUCAGGGCUUGUAUCCCAUACCAACCAUGCCUUUAGAAGAGCAACUAUAAUCAUUUUAGGUGAACUAAAUGCAGCCAUUGGUAAGGCCCUGAUCUCUGCAGCUAUUGCUGUUUUGCAUUUGUCUCUUGUAUUGUAUUAUUCAUGUGACAUUGAUAGUCAGUGCUGACUUAAAAAAUAACAGUAAUAGCAGCCAGGAACUUAAGAAAUCUUCACUGGAUUUGUUUCUAUGUUUAUCUUCAUAACUUGUGUCUAUUUUAUAAUGAAUCAACUGUCUCAAUUUGUUUUCUAAAACUUUUCUUGCAGCGAAACAGAUGGCCCUUCUUACAAGAGCUUUGCAUUCCCUACUGUCCAGGAUCACUGAGGCAGACAGGGUUUUAUUUUCUCUAGAUUUAGACCUAAUGAGCAAUUCUGGAAUGAAAAUCAAACCGUAGUAAAGAUUAAGUUCAAAGAACAACAACAAAAAAAAAACCCACAAGGAUCACGAUGUUUAAAAUGCCCAUUUCUUUUCCCUAACAACUACAAUCUUGUAGCUAUAUAGAAAAUGCUCUGGAGCUAACUGGAAGCUGAGAGAAAGCUAAUGCAGUAUUUCAUGAACUGAGGUACUCAGCCCCAUAAGGUGUAUUGAUUUUCAGAUGUGAUGGUUGUAUGCCCUUUCAACAGCACUGGAGGCAGCUGUCCAAGUUUGUGAAAGUUUGCAUUAAAAUCUAGACCAUUCUA